UCACGAGUUCAGUGAUGAUGGAAAAUGGCGGCUAGAUGAGUCUCUGCACUCCUACAGGGAAAACAAAUACUCUGGGAAAAACUCUGGACAUACUGCAGGAAUAAACACAACAACACUUUGCCGCCUGUCGGAUAACUUCCAUCAAUGAGAAUGUCACGCUGGGUGCCCACGAAGAAGGAAAAAUACGGUGUUGCCAUCUAUAACUAUGAUGCCCGCAGUGAGGAUGAACUGUCCUUGCAAAUCGGAGACACUGUACACAUACUGGAGACAUUUGAAGGAUGGUAUCGAGGGCAUCGGCUGAGGAGAAAAUCAAAGAAGGGCGUCUUUCCUGCGUGUUAUAUACAUCUGAAAGAGGCGACAGUUGAAGGCAAUGGCCAAAAGGAAACUGUCAUCCCCACUGAGCUGCCAUUGGUUCACGAGGUCACGACUACGUUGCGAGAAUGGGCGGCCAUAUGGAGGGACCUUUAUGUGGGCGACAAGCGUGAGAUGUUUAACACGGUCCGGGACAUGAUCUACGACUUGAUUGAAUGGCGCUCUCAGAUCCUGUCCGGCACGCUGCCUCAGGACGAGCUGUCCGAACUCAAGCAGAAAGUCACCUCCAAGAUGGACUACGGGAACAAGUAUCUGUACCUGGAUCUGGUAGUGAGAGAUAAAGAUGGGAAUAUUCUGGAUCCGGAUCUCACCAGCACUAUCAGUCUGUUCCAAGCGCACGAAGCAGCAUCCAAACAGAUUGAAGCUCGAAUCCAAGAGGAAAAGUCUCAGAAGCAGAACCUGGAUUUGAGCAGACAGGCAAAGUUCGCCUCAACACCGUCGUUCGCUCUGUUCGUCACGCUCAAGAACGUGGUGUGCAAGAUCGGAGAAGAUGCUGAAGUGCUGAUGUCACUCUAUGAUCCCAUUGAGUCCAAAUUUAUCAGUGAAAACUACCUUGUGCGCUGGUCCAGUUCCGGUUUGGUAAAAGACAUCGAUCAGCUUCAUAACCUGCGUGCCGUGUUCACUGAUUUGGGCAGUGAAGAUCUGAAGAGGGAAAAAAUCAGUUUUGUUUGUCAGAUUGUUCGAGUGGGCCGAAUGGAACUGAGGGAUAACAAUGCCAAAAAGUUAACGUCAGGUCUGCGCAGACCCUUCGGCGUGGCAGUGAUGGACGUAACAGACAUCCUCACGGGGAAAAUGGACGAUGAGGACAAACAACACUUCAUACCGUUCCAGCCGCUAGCGUUGGAUGACGCCAUUCGCCACAGGCAGCUGAACAUCUCCCGUUUUUCACCCAGGGUGGCGGGCGAGAACGACUUCCUCCAGACCGUCAUCAACAAGGUCAUCGUCGCCAAAGAGGUCAAUCACAAAGGUCAAGGUUUGUGGGUCACGCUUAAGUUACUUCCAGGUGACAUUCAUCAGAUUCGUAAAGAUUUCCCUCACCUGGUGGACCGAUCCACUGCUGUCGCUCGCAAAAUGGGCUUCCCAGAAAUCAUCAUGCCAGGUGAUGUCCGCAAUGAUAUUUACGUGACGCUGGCUCAGGGGGAUUUCGAUAAAGGCAGCAAGACGACGCCCAAGAACGUGGAGGUCACCAUGUCUGUGCAUGAUGAAGAUGGCAAGAAAUUGGAGGGUGUGAUCUUUCCUGGUGCUGGUGAUGAAGGGAUACAGGAGUAUAAAUCUGUCAUCUACUACCAGGUCAAACAGCCCCGCUGGUAUGAAACCAUCAAGGUUGCGAUCCCGAUUGAAGACGUGAACCGGAGUCACCUUCGAUUCACAUUCAAACACAGAUCAUCACAAGACUGCAAGGAUAAAUCUGAGAAGAACUUUGCUCUGGCUUUCGUCAAGCUGAUGAGAUACGAUGGCACGACGCUUCGAGACGGAGAACACGAUCUCAUCGUCUAUAAGGCUGAAGCCAAGAAACUGGAGGACUCAUCCAUGUACAUGAACUUGUCUUCCACCAAAACUGAGAUGGAGGAGAAGAGUCCGUCCUCCGGGAAGAACACUCAUUCGAGUCUCGGCAGCUUCAGCAUCAGCAAGGAUUCAUUUCAGAUCUCGACCCUAGUGUGCUCUACUAAACUCACACAGAACGUUGAUCUCUUGGGGCUUCUGAAGUGGAGGUCGAACACCAGUUUACUCCAGCAGAAUCUUCGUCACCUGAUGAAGGUGGAUGGAGGAGAAGUGGUCAAGUUUUUACAGGACACCUUGGAUGCCCUCUUCAACAUAAUGAUGGAGAAUUCAGACAGCGAAACGUUUGAUACCCUCGUGUUUGAUGCUCUGGUUUUCAUAAUCGGACUGAUCGCUGACAGAAAGUUCCAUCAUUUCAAUCCUGUUCUGGAGACCUACAUCCGCAAGCACUUCAGCGCCACGCUCGCUUACACCAAGCUGAUGAGAGUGUUGAAGAACUAUGUGGAUAAUGCCGAGAAGCUCACAGACCAGCUGCUGAAAGCCCUCAAGGCUCUGGAGUACAUCUUUAAAUUCAUCGUGAGGUCUCGGGUUCUCUUUAACCAGCUGUAUGAGAAUAAAGGCGAGAGUGAUUUCAUGGAGUCCCUCAGGAGCCUCUUUGCUUCCUUGAACGCCAUGAUGAACAGCAAUGCUGACGCUACCGGAGGGGUGAAGGGUGCGGCGCUGAAAUACGUCCCCACUAUCGUCAAUGAUCUCAAACUGGUCUUUGAUCCAAAGGAGCUCAGUAAGCUGUUCAGUGAGUUUAUUCUCAAAGUUCCUCUGGGGCGUCUGGUGAAGCAGAAGUUGAUCUGCAUGAUUGACAUCGUCCACAGCGACCUCUUCACCCAGCAUGACUGCCGGGAGAUCCUGUUGCCUCUCAUGACGGAUCAGCUGAAAUUACACCUGGAGAAUCAGGAAGAGCUGGACUCCUGCUGUCAGUUACUCAGCAACAUCCUGGAGGUUCUCUACCGGAGUGAUGUAGGUCUGACCCAGCGGCACGUGCAGAUCAUAAUGGAGAAACUCUUGAGGACGGUCAACAGAACUGUGAUUUCAAUGGGCAGAAAUUCUCCUCUCAUAGGCUGUUUUGUUGCGUGUAUGACGGCUACGCUACGGCAGAUGGAGGAUCAUCACUACACACACCUCAUCAGUACCUUCGGGAAGAUGCGCUCAGACGUGGUGGAUUUCCUCAUGGAGACAUUCAUUAUGUUUAAGAAUCUCAUUGGGAAAAAUGUCUAUCCUGCCGACUGGGUCAUAAUGAACAUGAUGCAGAAUAAAGUCUUCUUGAGAGCCAUCAAUCAGUACGCCGCCGUUCUCAACAAGAAGUUUCUCGAUCAGACCAACUUUGAGCUGCAGCUCUGGAAUAACUACUUCCACCUUGCUGUGGCGUUUCUUACCCAAGAGUCUUUGCAGUUGGAGAACUUUUCAAGUGACAAGCGGGCAAAGAUCUUUCAAAAGUAUCAAGACAUGAGGAGACAAAUCGGCUUUGAGAUUAGGGACAUGUGGUAUAACCUGGGUCCACACAAGAUUAAGUUUAUCCCGGAGAUGGUGGGUCCAAUUCUGGAGAUGACCCUGGUUCCAGAGAUCGAGCUGCGUAAAGCCACCAUCCCCAUCUUCUUUGACAUGAUGCAGUGCGAGUUUCACUUCAGACGCUGUUUUCUGAUGUUCGAGAACGAGAUCAUCACCAAACUGGAUCAUGAGGUGGAAGGAGGAAGAGGAGACGAGCAGUACAAAAUCCUGUUCCAGAAGAUACUGUUGGAGCACUGCAGGAAACACAAGUAUCUGGCAAAGUCUGGUGAGACAUUCGUGACGUUGGUGGUCCGUCUCUUGGAGAGACUUCUGGACUACAGGACCAUCAUGCACGACGAGAACAAAGAGAACCGCAUGAGCUGCACUGUUAAUGUGCUGAAUUUCUACAAGGAGAUCGAAAGAGAAGAGAUGUAUAUCCGGUACCUGUAUAAACUGUGUGACCUGCACAAAGAGUGUGAUAAUUACACAGAAGCCGGAUACACACUACUGCUGCACGCCAAACUCCUGAAGUGGUCUGAAGAGGCGUGUGCCGCUCAUCUGACGCAAAGAGACGGUUACCAGGCAAGCACUCAAUGUCAACUCAAAGAUCAACUCUACCAGGAGAUCAUCAACUACUUCGACAAGGGCAAGAUGUGGGAGGAAGCCAUUAUCCUGGGGAAGGAGUUAGCUGAACAGUAUGAGAACGAGAUGUUUGACUUUGAACAGCUGAGCGCUUUGCUGAGAAAGCAGGCUCAGUUUUAUGAGAAUAUUGUGAAAGUGAUCAGACCCAAGCCAGAUUACUUUGCUGUGGGUUAUUAUGGGAUUGGAUUUCCUUCCUUCCUCAGGAACAAGAUGUUCAUGUAUCGGGGGAAGGAGUAUGAACGCUGGGAGGAUUUCAAGGCGAGACUGCUCACUCAGUUCCCCAACGCUGAGAAGAUGAAGACCACCACCCCCCCCAGUGAAGAUAUCAGAAACUCAUCUGGACAGUACAUCCAGUGUUUCACAGUGAAACCCAUUCUAGAGCUGCCACCGAAGUUCCAGAACAAACCCGUGUCAGAACAGAUUGUCAGCUUUUACACCGUCAAUGAGGUCCAGAAAUUUCAGUAUUCACGACCGGUCAGAAAAGGAGAGAAAGAUCCGGACAAUGAGUUCUCUAACAUGUGGAUUGAAAGGACGACUUAUGUAACCGCCUAUAAACUGCCGGGCAUCCUGCGCUGGUUUGAAGUCCUGUCUGUGUCAGCGGAAGAGAUCAGUCCUGUAGAAAACGCCAUGGAGACCAUGCAGGUGACCAAUGAGAAAAUCAACAACAUGGUUCAGCGUCACCUCAGUGACCCCACGCUUCCCAUCAACCCCCUCUCUAUGCUUCUCAACGGCAUCGUGGACCCAGCGGUCAUGGGAGGAUUCACUAAUUAUGAGAAGGCUUUUUUCACUGACAAAUACAUCCAGGAACAUCCAAAUGACCAGGAGAAGAUUGAAAAACUGAAGGAUCUGAUUGCUUGGCAGAUCCCAUACCUGGCUGAAGGAGUUCGUAUUCACGGUGAAAAGGUGACUGAAGCCCUGCGACCAUUUCACGCUCGUUUGGAGGCGUGUUUCAAACAACUGAAGGAGAAGGUGGAGAGGCAGUAUGGCGUCAAAACACUACCUUCUAUGUCGGACGAGAGGCGUGGCAGUCGGCCGAGGUCCAUGGUUCGCUCUUUCACCAUGCCAUCGUCUCAGAGACCUCUGUCUGUCGCGUCUGUGACCUCCAUAUCAUCAGACAACCCCCCCUCCAGACCGGGAUCAGACGGUUUCGCGCUGGAGCCUUUACUACCCAAGAAGCUGCACAGCAAGUCUCAGGACAAGCUGGAUCGAGACGAGCCGGAGAAAGAGAGGAAAGACAAGAAGAAGGAGAAGAGGAACAGUAAACAUCAGGAGGUGUUUGAUAAAGAGCUGAAGACGGCCGAUGUGACCCUACAGCCCAGUGAAGCCGUUAUACUGUCAGAAACAAUCAGCCCGUUGAGACCCCAGAGACCGAAGAGUCAGGUGAUCAAUCUGCUGGGGGAGAAGCGGCUCUCUGUGUCGCCUGGAGCCCCCGCUGUCCCUCCUCCCAUCACCCCUCGGGCCAAACUACAGUUCAGCUUACUGUCUGGAUCCAAUCUUGAGCUGAACGGGACGGGUUAUGGGGAAACUCCGCCUCCACUUCCUGUCAAAAGCAGCAUGGGUGACUAUGGAAACCUAAUGGACAAUUCAGACCUGGCUAGUCCAACUACCCCCCCUCCACCACCACCUCACCAACGGCUCCUUCCUCCCCCCUUACCCAGCAAGACCCCUCCUCCUCCCCCUCCAAAGACCACACGGAAGCAGACCUCCAUCGACUCGGGAAUCGUCCAGUAAGCGAGAAGACAAUAUCACCAAAUAGAGACAGUCGCGUCUCCCCUUCCAAUGAUUUGACAUCAGCAUGAAGACGAUCUCAUCCCGGCUCGUCUCUGUGUUCAGAGGAGUCCGCUCAGUCCACUGCUGACUCAAAGCCUCUGUGAUGUAAACUGCAGAAUGUUGUUUUAUCUCACAUUACUUCAGGUGUCAGCAAACAUCCGAAUCUUUGCAGACACGAGCAAAUACAGAUGCACUGUGGCUCGAGUCUGGGAAUUCCGGGUCAUUUGGGCAGAUGUUAAAGCUAAACUCCACCUGAGAGACAGACAGUCGAGCAGGAACGUGAAAUCGCGAGAAAUCUCUUUUUCGCGCAUUGUCACCAACACAAACCACUUGGUGUAUCUGAGGGGUUUGUUACAUAAUCAAUGUUUUUUACUUUUAUCCUCAAUAUAUAUACACAUUUAUGUACAGAGGUUUGUAUAUAUGAUUUUAUUUUAUUUUUCGAAAGCCAUUUUUAAUCCUUUUUUGUAUUCGAUGUGCACAAACAUAAUUGGCAUUUUUAUCCAAAAAGGACGUAUUGAUUUUAAUAUGAGAGCGACAGUAAAGUUAUUUUUAAUGCAUCUUUUAUUCAUUUCAUUGUUUUUUCUUGUCAUAUGGUGAAAGCAAAUGUCAUGAUGUAUAAAACACAUAAUAGCAACACCAUGUGUAUCAAUAACAUUGACUGCUCCAAACUCGCUACUGACUUCUGAAUAAACUCAAAAUCUAUGUAUUUGUACACUAACUGUCUGGUUAAUAUAAAAUCUUC